GCGCUCCAAAACGGAAGCGGGAUGCAAUAACAGAAUGUUGCGAUGUAGAAUGUAGAUCCUUAAGAACUAGCCACAAUACGAAACUACUCACAAACUAGAAAUGGCGUCUGCUAGCCUCAACGUCACUUCCGAGACAAUGGAAACUUCCGCAGACGUGGAACAAUAUGUGCUUGACGCCGUGGAAGCUGCAAAAGCAGCUGUAGAAGCCCAAAUAAAAACAGAGCAAGUACGCGAUGUGUUAGAAGUCACAAAAUUUGGCAAUGCCGAUUCUAGUAAGGAGAUACCAAACAAGGAUGGUGAUGAUGGACUAGGUGAUCUGCAUGUCCAGUUCGAACGGAUACCAAGAGGAAAGGGGGAAGAUGAAGAAUUAGUACGCCAGAUGUUACCAGUUAGAGAGUCACGUCCACGUCGAGCAACAAGAAAACCACGGUACACUCAAAGAGUCUGGAGGCUGGACAUCAUUGGCGAUGCUUUUGACAGAUGGAAGAACAUAGGAACUUCACAGGGAAUGAACAAUGAUACAGAUAUUGCAUUGUUUUUAAUGCAGCACUAUGAAAAUGCACGAGCAGGCCUUCCAACUGGCGCCACCUGUGUAGGAUGCCAUGCGGCACUAAUACUCACUUGUGCUGUGUGCAACAUCCCAUCCCAGCAUAUAGAGUUAGCAACAGUUAGUAACAAUGUAAGAAUCAGUAACAUCACUGGCAACAGUAACAGCAUCAGUAACAGUUCUGGCAACAGUGCAGGUAGCCGCAGCAACACCAGCACCAUUAUCAGUAGCACCAAAGUUCAGCAGGAAGCUGCUAUCCAUGAGAAAGUUGCCACAGAAGACGAGAAAUCUUCUGAAGAAAGACCGGUAAUUAAGAAGAGGAGAAGGAAACCAGAUCUUAAAAAAAUAAAGGCAGCAAAAGUUGGGCAACCAGGAAGAAAGCAAAUGAUAAUAGGAAAGAACAAAGCGAAGAUAAAAAUGUUUGUAUGUGAAUACAAUGACUGCAAAGCAGCAUUCACAAAGUACAGUCGGCUUAAAACCCACACAAGAAUUCACACUGGAGAAAAACCUUUUGCAUGCAAAGACUGUGGAAAAGCAUUUACUCAGGCCUCUGGCCUAAAGGUACACAUGCAAAAGCAUACUGGACUCCGUCCGUUUUCUUGUGAAGUAUGUGGUGCCACCUUUCCUUCCUCAAGUACUCUUAAACAGCAUAUGCGUCGACAUACUGGGGAAAAGCCAUUUAAGUGCAAGGAAUGUGACAAAACAUUUCGAUGGUCAGGCCAUCUGACGCAGCAUAUGCGCAUGCACUCAGGGAUUAAACCAUUUUUGUGCCCAGACUGUGGCAAAGCUUUUGCUGCAUCUAGUGACCUGGUAAAACACAAGGUAACCCACACUGGAGACAGACCUUACGCAUGCACACAGUGCGGAAAAGCAUAUUCUUUCUUGCACCGAUUGACUGCCCACAUGCGAUCUCACACAGGUGAUCGACCAUUUUUGUGUAGUGAAUGUGGAGCUGCCUUUGCAAGGGCACACAACCUUACUGUGCACAUGCGUACGCACACUGGUGUUAAGCCUUACAAAUGUGAGGAGUGUGGAACAAUGUUUUCAGACUCGGGCAACUUCUCAAAACACAAGAAGACAAAACAUGGAGAUACUGCCAAGACAUUUCCAUCUAAAACUGCAGCAUCUAAAGACUUUGUAACAAAUGUUGAACAGCAGCUUGGCAUUGUCUCACAUUAUUUAGCACCACCAAUGCAAUGCACGACUCCAUCGAUGCCCUUGCAGCACCACAUGGUGUCUCAGUCCAUGGUCCUACCCCAGCAUCCCCUCUCACCUGCACUUCUGGCUCAGAAUCAGUCUUGUGUGUCCCCCAGCUCCAAUGCCAGCAAUGGCAGCAUGCACUGUACAUCUCCUAUGCCAGCUCCAGCACACCAAGUACAGGAGUAUCGAAGUACUCCUAUAGAUGGAGUAUCUUAUUCCUCUUACUACAACUAUAGUUUUUAAAUUUUAGGUGCAGAAGAAAGAAAUAUAUCUGUGUGCUGUGGGGAUUGUUUACUUAAACUGUUAGGUAUGCGGGACCAAAAUGUGUUUUGUUGGUAUACAAAGCUUGUUUUCCUUAGAUUUUGCCAGACGAUUGUCUAUCAUUGAAGAGUCCAAUAUAGAGGCUAAUGAAUCAGUUGUAUAAAGAUCUGAGAAUUAUUUUCAAACUAGAGUCAUGAGUACAUAUUUGAAUAUCUCAUCACCUACUUGGUAUUGUAAUUUAGUCAAUCCUCAGAGCUCCCAUUUCAAAUUAUAACUGAAUUGUGCAUAGGAUAAAACACUUUCAAAGUAUUUAAAAGUAACAAAAUCAUAUUGUUUUGUUGUUUGAUUUUUUUUGUUGGUAUAUUUCGCCAUCAGUUUUAUCAUGUUAAAGAAUUACAGUUUUUGAAACAUCUCAAGAAAAUGUAAUCAACCUUGACCAGCCUAUUAUUUUUUUAAAAAGUGAAAGAAAAGGUUUAAAAAAAAA